UCUCCAUGCACUAUCAUCACUCAAUCCACCAGGACCACCAAUUACUUCUCACUACAAACACAACAUUUUUCUCAGUCUUAAUCCCUCACCAUAAUUAAGACUUGAUUAUAAUUAUAAAUUAAAAUGGCAUGGAUUGCUUCCUUGAAGAUUGUGCUAAUUUCCAGCGGCGUGGUGGCGUUGGCGUGGGCUAUGAAGCUCUCCGUUCCACUGGUGAUGGAAUUCGUAGCCUCUUACUUGCCGCUCAUUUUCCGAUCCUUGCUCAGGCCUCCGUAUAUCUACGUUCUCAUCAACGGCAUCAUCAUCACCAUCGUCGCUUCCUCGAGGUUCCACCACGACCGCUCGCCUCAGCCUAAGCCUCAACCGGAAGAGUCUGAAUCGACCGUCUCGGAGACGCCGGCGGUUUACGAGCAGCAGAGAUAUCUAGAGCCUCUAGUUCAUGAGGAGGUGCACGAGGAGAGGCCUGCGGUGAUCAAUGGUUCUGUAGAAGCAGAGCCUGAGCCUGAGCGUGAGCCGGAGGUUGAAGAUGUUCGUGUAGACGAAGACAAGGUUGUGAUCUCGAGCUCCACGUGGACGCCGCCGAAGAGUGUGAUGAAAUCCAACGAGAUUGCUUCGCCGGAGGUUGAAGAUAUUCGUGUAGACGAAGACGAGGUUGUGAUCUCGAGCUCCAGGUGGACGCCGCCGAAGAGAGUGAUGAAAUCCAACGAGAUUGCUUCGCCGGUGGAGAAACCUCUGGUUUCUGUAAGAUUCAGCCACCGGAAACCGGCUAGAUCCAGUCCUGAAGGUGGGAAGCCGUUGAGAGUAGCGAAGCCAAAACGGCAUGACACAUUGGAGAACACGUGGAAAGCGAUAACGGAAGGGCGUUCGAUGCCGUUGAGCAGGCACAUGAAGAAGAGCGAGACGUGGGAGAAUCACGGCCGUCAAGUUCAACACAAGGUUGACUCGGCAGUGGACACGUCAGCGGUGCUGAACUCAGAGACGUUCAAGGACUGGACGAAUCAGCAGCAAGUGACAGCUUCGGCUGGGUGCGUAGGGAAGCUGAGGAAAGAGCCGUCGCUGGGCCAGGACGAGUUGAACCGCCGAGUUGAAGCGUUCAUAAACAAGUUCAAUGAGGAAAUGAGGUUGCAGAGACAAGAGUCGUUGAAUCAAUACAUGGAGACGGUCAAGCGUGGAAGCCAUUAAGCACAUAUAUGGUCAAAGUUUAUUUUUUAUUUUUAUUUUUCUCCUAAUUUUGUCAAUAGAGAUUUUUAAAAUUAGAUUGAAAUUAAUUUCAAUCAAAAAGAAAAGAAAAAGAUGGGAGUUACAAAUUCACAAUUAUUAUUUUUUUGGGGUUGUUUCUGUUUUUCAAAGUUCCAUUCGAUUCAUAAUUCAUGUAACAAAGUUAUAUAGUCAUAGAAAAGGAAGGAUAUGUAUGUCAGUCAGUCAGUCUGUAAAGAAAGAAACAUUUUUUCUUUUCUCCUCUUUUUGGUUGUAUUACAACUUUGUAUGUAUCUUCGUCUA